GAUCAGAAUGUGGAACUGCAGUCUGCAUUUCAAUUUUAGGAGAAGAGUAUUUUUUGAGAUUCCUGAGUUUGCUGUCUGGAACGUUCAUUGCUUGUUCUGAGGGGAGUACCCCUGCCACUAGGAUGUCGGGAUAUGGAACAGUUCCUCCUUGGCGAACAACUAUUUUGCAGCGAUUGAAACUUCGUGACAGUGAACAAUUUCACAGUUUUGACGAACUUAUAAAGUCAAAUCAGAAAAAUUUCGACGCUCUUACCGGCUUGAAAGUCCACAAUGAAGAACUACAAGUGGAGAAUAUUCGCCUGAGAGCAGAAAACUUGGACUUGAAAGCAUCCGGCCCAGUUGGAGCUGGGGAUUCUGGUAGCAGUGAGAAAGUAGCGGCGCUAGAGAAGAAGUUGUUCAAUUUGCAAGAGGAACUAACCGAGCUGCAUCGGCGGAAAGGAGAUAAUGCACAGAAGGUGGUGGAACUGAGCCAAUCCAUGCAAACUAAGGACCUGGAUCUGGCGAAAAAGGAUUCGGCGCUUCAAGAUGCAUUGCAAGCAAAGACAAUGGCGGAUCAUCAAAUGGAGCGGCUCAAACGUGCCUUGCGCGACAUGGAGAAAGCCAAUGAGGUAUUGAAAGAUGAGCAACAAGCUCUACAGCUAGCCUAUCACUCUGUCGAAGAGCUAUCUAAACGGUAUCAACGAGAGAAUUCCGACCUUGUUGAUCGGUGGAUGCGUCUGAAAGAGAAGACGGCUGACAUGGUCAAUGCUGGCAAUGAGGAGCAGCGCGAGCAGAGAAAGAAACUGCGGACAUCGCCGUCCAUCGAGGAGUCAAUCCGAGGUGCUGUCGCGGAUGUCCCUGAGCAAGCGCAGGCAUCACCAGGCCCUGAUCAACCGCGCUCCUCUUCCAGCUUCAUGGAGCGUGUCAGUAAUUUCUUCAACGCCUCCAACAGCUCGGCUGCACAGCUUGCCACCGGGCAGGAUGCAAAAGGUGUAGAGGACGUUACCGGCAUGCCCAUGUGUGUCAGUGCGUGUCUCCCUAGCAAGUCAACGUACAAAUGGGAUGCUCAUGAGGGUGAAGUUGCUGCUAUUCGGUUUAGUUGCAAUGGCAACUUCUUCGCCACUGCUGGAUCAGAUCGUACUGUGAAGCUUUGGUCGAUGCGUCACUAGCGGCUGUAGUAAGUGGCCAUUUUGACAAGAAGAUCCGCUUCUGGGAUAUCAGAUCAGAGGCGAGUGCCAAUGAGGUCUUACUUCAAGGUCGUGUAACAUCCUUAGAUCUCUCUCCUGAAAAGACACUCCUUCUGAGCUGCUCAAGGGAUGAUAUCUUGAAGGUGAUAGAUCUCAGGAUGAACUCUGUUCUCCACUCACUGGGAGCGGACGGCUUUAAAGUAGCAUCCGAUUGUUCACGCUGCUGCUUCAGUCCUGAUGGCAAGUAUGUUGCAUGUGGCUCUCAAGAUGGAAGUAUAUUUGUGUGGUCUUUGGCUAGCCAGAAGGUCGAGAAAGUUAUCAAAGAACACAGUGCGUCAGUUCUUACUGUAGCAUGGCAUCCAAGUGGUGACUUCAUGGUGUCUGGCGAGAAGAACAAGAGAUGUAUUGUUUGGCGGGAGCGCUGCUGAUUGCACUGCCGCACCAACACAUCCACCGCGAUGCUGUUGUGUGCACUCUCACGAGAGCCGCGCAAGCCGUCUCUUGGCGUACUAACAGACUUGUGACCAGUUAUCUUUCCACGGAUUCUAACCUAUUCUUCAGUCUUGCAGCUGGCUGCGACUGUUUAUCUCUUCACUGUUGUUGUUGUUGUAAUAGUAGCUUGUAACGUCAUCUUAGUUGUAUGUUUGUUUGCUUACCAUCCUAUGACAGGUUUCCUCGGUUGAGGCACACGUGCCGUGCCACUGCUUUAAAACUAUUUUCUCUGCCGUUCAUACUUUGAUUGCUUUUAGUAUAACCCUGUGGCGUUUUCAAUGUUGUGAGUACAUGUCUGUACUUGCGUUUGUAUCGCAUUCUUUAUCCGAUUGAAGUGCUAUGUCUUUUGAUGGUUAUUUGUUCAAUGCGGCUGGUGCCUGUUCCAUGGUAACCUUGAUGUCUCUCGCUUAGUGCAUUCAUGUUCAUGCUUUUUAUUGUGAUUAGGGCCUCUUUCAUGAAGGUGAUAUAUGAUGCUGCUUUGCACUGCUACUGCUGCUGUCUUGACCGCUACUUGCUGCAUUGUAUCCUCACGCGCUAUGACCUGCUCUCUGCUCUUCGGCCGUUCGGGUGUACUUCAAGUAGGUACACAAGUAGGCGCACGGCGUGUCUUUUAGUUCUAUCCAGUCUCUUCACCUCUGCUGCUGCUUUAGGCAGAUGACGACGGUGCCACCUUACUUUCUCUUGGUGGUGUCAUUGUUGUUGUCAUCGUCGUCGUCGUUGUUGUUGUUGUUGCCGCCAUUGUUGGUACCGCCGCUGACCUCAUCCCAGGUGUUACCUAUUCUUUUACUUUUUAUUAUUGUUAUUCCAUAUCCUAUUCAAGAUCUAUUUUCGUCUCUCUACUCUCCACUCACUAUUCUAUUGUUAGAUCUUGGUUCCCGUUUGGUGUGCCUGUGUAA